AUGGCGUCCGAACAGCAGCGUUUGCCCACCCGUGAGAGGCGCCCCUCCACGUCGGCCCCGAUUGUCGAUAUUCAGGGUGCUGUUGGCCCCGCAGGCAUCUCUCGCCCUAAACACACCCGAACUGCCACUGGCUUCGGGCCUGGUGAAAUCAAGAGCUUUGAGGCCUCAAUUCCCGAACCUCAGCGCGAAGCCUGGAAGCGCAACCAGUCUAAGGGCUUUACUGGCAAAGAUGGCUUCCAACAGGAGGUUGUACGUCAUGUCGAGACCACCCUCGCUCGCUCUGUUUUCAAUUGUGACGAGCAUGCAGCCUACUCUGCGACAAGUCUGGCUUUCCGCGACCGCUUGAUUCUUGACUGGAACAGGACUCAACAAAGACAAACCUACCGCGAUUCCAAGCGCGUCUACUACUUCAGUCUUGAGUUCUUGAUGGGUCGUGCUCUUGACAACGCUAUGCUCAAUGUGGGUCAGAAGGAUACGGCAAAGGCUGGUCUUGCUGACCUCGGCUUCCGAAUUGAGGAUAUCAUCACUCAAGAGAACGAUGCUGCACUGGGCAACGGUGGUCUUGGCCGACUUGCUGCUUGUUUCCUUGACAGUCUGGCCUCCCUCAACUACCCUGCUUGGGGUUACGGUCUUCGAUAUCGAUAUGGUAUUUUCAAGCAGGAAAUUGUAGACGGAUACCAGGUCGAGGUGCCUGAUUACUGGCUUGAUUUUAACCCCUGGGAGUUCCCUCGGCACGACGUUACUGUCGAUAUUCAAUUCUUUGGACAUGCUAGAAAGACGACGGAUGAGAAUGGAAAGACCGUUGCCAUCUGGGAGGGUGGUGAGAUUGUUCAGGCUGUCGCCUAUGAUGUCCCAAUCCCCGGUUAUGAUACACCCACAACCAACAACCUGCGACUCUGGUCCAGUAAAGCAUCGGGCGGAGAGUUUGAUUUCCAAAAAUUCAACAAUGGCGAUUACGAAAGUUCGGUUGCUGAUCAACAGCGGGCUGAGACCAUCAGUGCUGUGUUGUACCCCAACGACAAUCUGGAACGCGGAAAAGAGCUUCGUCUGAAGCAGCAGUACUUCUGGGUUGCUGCCUCCCUUUAUGAUAUUGUUCGCCGCUUCAAGAAGUCCAACCGCCCCUGGAAGGAGUUCCCCGAGCAGGUCGCCAUCCAACUCAAUGACACCCAUCCUACACUUGCCAUUGUUGAGUUGCAGCGAAUUCUCAUCGAUAUUGAACACUUAGAAUGGGAUGCGGCUUGGGAUAUCGUUGUAAACACUUUCGGUUACACCAACCACACCGUCCUGCCCGAAGCCCUGGAGAAGUGGCCCGUUGGUCUGAUCCAGCACCUUCUGCCCCGACAUCUGCAGAUUAUCUACGACAUUAACCUGUUUUUCCUCCAGAAGGUCGAGAAGGCUUUCCCUAAUGACCGAGACAUCCUGGGCAGAGUUUCUAUCAUUGAGGAGUCUCAGACAAAGAUGGUGCGCAUGGCGUUCCUGGCAAUUGUUGGGUCGCAUAAGGUCAAUGGUGUUGCUGAGUUGCACUCGGAUCUCAUCAAGACCACUAUCUUCAAGGACUUUGUCGAGAUCUACGGUCCCGACAAGUUCACCAAUGUGACCAACGGAAUCACUCCUCGCCGCUGGCUCCACCAGGCCAACCCUCGUCUCUCGGAGCUCAUCGCUUCCAAGGUCGGGGGUAAUGGCUUCCUCAAGGACCUCACCAAUUUGAACAAGCUUGAGAAGUAUGCUGAGGACAAGGAAUUCCGUAAGGAAUGGUCCGAGAUCAAGUAUGCCAACAAAGUCCGACUUGCCAAGCUCAUCAAGUCGGCUGUCGGCGUCACUGUGAACCCCUCGGCUUUGUUCGAUGUUCAGGUCAAGCGAAUCCACGAGUACAAGCGUCAACAGCUCAACAUCUUUGGCGUCAUCCACCGAUACCUCUACCUAAAGUCACUCGCCCCUGAGGAACGCAAGAAGGUUGUCCCUCGUGUCUCGAUCUUCGGAGGAAAGGCUGCGCCCGGCUACUGGAUGGCGAAGCAGAUUAUUCAUCUGGUCAACGCCGUGGGCUCUGUGGUGAAUAACGACAAGGACAUUGGCGAUCUCCUGAAGGUUAUCUUCCUGCCCGACUACAACGUCAGCAAGGCUGAGAUCAUCACCCCUGCCUCGGAUCUCAGUGAACACAUUUCCACUGCCGGCACUGAGGCAUCCGGAACCAGUAACAUGAAGUUUGUUUUGAAUGGUGGUCUCAUCAUUGGUACUUGCGACGGUGCCAACAUCGAAAUCACUCGUGAGAUUGGCGAGAGCAACAUCUUCCUGUUCGGUAACCUCGCCGAGGACGUCGAGGAUCUCCGACACAACCACCAGUACGGUUCGCACGAGAUCGACCCUGAUCUGCAGAAAGUGUUCGUCGAGAUUGAGAAGGGCACCUUCGGUUCGGUUCAUGACUUUAGUGCUCUGGUUGCAGCAGUCCGUGACCACGGCGAUUACUACUUGGUGUCUGAUGACUUCCACAGCUACAACGAGACUCACAAGCUUGUGGAUGAGGCGUACCAGAACCAGGAGGAAUGGAUCAAGAAGACGAUUACCUCUGUUGCCCGUAUGGGAUUCUUCAGCAGUGACCGAUGCAUAGAUGAGUAUGCCGAGAGUAUCUGGAACGCAGAGCCUCUUGUCGUCAAUGACUAG